GGCAGGGAGCUCUGCUCCCCUUGUGUUUGCCAGGAGCAGCUUUCCACCCACGGUGGGCAGGCAGGCGUGCAGGCUGGGCUGGCAUUCACUGGAUCACUUGGGUAGAAAGGAGGGAAGGCACACAGCCAUUCAUGGUAACAUUAUGCACAUGGGGAACAGGAAAGCUCUGGCGGAUCUUCUCCAAUUCUCUUCUUCACCAAAAGAAGAAAUGCUGUAAUUGGGCAGCCGCACCGAAAUAAGAAAUGUGCGCACAUACAGCACUUUGGUGCAGGGUGAAGACGACUGAGCAUUCUGCAGGUUCAAUACGUGGUCGAUAAUAAAAGUAAUAAUAAUUUAGUUCCCUCCUAAAAAUCCGGAAACAUAUGCUGUUUGGAGGAUAAGGUUGGUGCCAGACGACACGACAUUGGCAAGCCAAUUCAAAAGCGCACUAAUCCGCACUGACCAAUGAUGAUUGGCUCCUAUGCAGUUAACAGACAGUUGGGGUCGCCAGGAAUCCGGAGUGCAGCCCGACACGCUGGGAACCAUGUGUGCGUCAAAGUGCCCAUGUACAAGUUUCAUUCAUCAGAUGACAGCGACUCUUAAACGCCCCGUUUUAAACAAAUGCUAUGUUUAAUGUAACGUUAAUCUAAACCUUGUAGCUCUGCUGUGUUGUCGCUCUUUAUCACGGCUCAUCAUCGGUCAGAGUAGAAACAGGAGAAUACAAACUGACGCCAAAUACAGAAGCGAAGCGAAGAUUUCAAAGAAAUAGUUCAGAGCAAUUUGGCAGUAUUGUUGUGUGUUGUUGGCUGUCGGUCUUUUUCCUUCUCUCUAUCUCUCUCUCUCUUUUUUUAAUCUUUCUCUCUUCCACCGACACACACACACACCUCCCACCUGCUCUCUCUCUCUCUCUCUCUCUCUCUCUCGCUUUCCUCACACUUUUCCCAAGAUGGCGGCAGCCUCAUCCAUCCAGCCGCCGAGCGUUCACUCUUCUCUAGCCCGGGAUAGCGCACUUUCCCCGGAGAUGGACAGCCCCGAGAGCCGGCAGCACGAGGACGAGGAGGCGGCGGCAGCGCAACCCCCGGACUCCGGGAUUAGCCUCCGUGACCUGCCGGACCUGGAGCCCGAGGAAAUCGAGAGGAGGCUGGCCAAAACUCGCAAGGAGCUGAGCAACAGGAGGAAAAUCCUCAUUAAGAACCUGCCGCCUGACACCACCAACCAGGAAGUCCAUGAAAUUCUGAAAGAAUAUGAACUGAAGUACUGCUUUGUGGACCGCAACAAAGGAACAGCUUUUGUGACUUUGCUGAACGGGGACCAGGCUCAGGAUGCCAUCCGCUCCCUCCACCACAGCACUGUCCGUGGGCGUUUGAUCAACGUCACCCUGCAGCCCACCGACUCCCUGCUGUGCCUCACCAACCUGCCCCACACCUUCACCGCCCAGCAGUUUGAGGAGCUGGUGCGCUCCUAUGGGAACAUCGAGCGCUCCUUCCUGGUGUACAGUGAGCUCACGGGCCACUCCAAAGGAUAUGGGUUUGUUGAAUACAUGAAGAAGGAUUCUGCUUCACGGGCCCGCUCGGAGCUCCUGGGCCGCCCAAUGGGGGAUCGCUCGCUGAUGGUGCAGUGGAUGGACGUCAACCAGCUGAGCCAGGAGGAAAACCUGCACUCCAAGUGUCUGUGCGUGGACAGACUGCCCCUGGACCUCUGUGACUCUGAGGAGCUAACCCAGCUCUUUUCCGACACGUAUAAACCCGUCUUCUGCCAGCUUGCUCAGGAUGAGGGCAGUCCAGUGCGAGGGUUUGGCGUGGUGGAAUAUGAGAGCGCCGAGCAGGCAGAAGCUGUGCUGAUAGAGAUGGACCGAACCCUGGUGGGAGGACAGGAGGUCCGUCUGUCACUCUGUACCCCUGGCACCUCAGGGAGAAGCACCUUGGCUGCACUCAUUGCUGCCCAGGGUAUGAUUCUGAGUAACAGGAAAGGUUUGCUACCAGAACCAAACUUGGCUCAGCUGCUGACCAGUAUGACGAACCCCGCUGCUCUGCAGAUACUCAUGAGACCGUACCACACUGGGAAAAGAGGAGGAAAAUACGGGCGUCACACCAGCCUGCCGUUCCUCAGACCUCCCCUCACUACAGCCCUGCUCACACUGGGAAAAGCACACCAGAAUGCUAUGUUUGGAAAUGGACUAGUCCUCCAGAACCUUUUGCACAUGCAGCUGGCACAGCAACAGCUUCUACACAUCAAAGACAAACGCAUCAGCAGCGUCUCCAGUCUGCUCGGGGACCCGUCCAGACUGCUCAUGCAGAAAGCCUUGUCUCUGCGACCUCCAGGCCUCGUGCAGCUGGGGAAAGGCCUCCUGGGAGACUCUCCUACAGAGUUGGGACAGGAGUCAGUUCCAGCAUCUACCCACAAUGCCACAGUAGUGGUUUCAGCAGCAGGUGUCAUGCCGUACCUCCAGGGUCGGGCUGUAGGAGGAGACCUACCUAGCCACAGCACCCAUUCUGUGACUACGACCCCUUCUGCUUCCUCCUCUUCUUCCUCCUCUUCUUCCUCUUCCACCUCCUGUGACAACAGGCAGCCAGCUCCUCCAGGGACGAUGGUGAGCGCCCAACCGCAGGGACAGAGCUAUUCCUUGGGUAUAAGUAACUCAGGCCUUGGCCCGCCUCCGCCUAAACCCCCUGGAGGAGUUUACACGACAACAGGCCAGCACAACAGCUCAGACAACUGCCCCCUGGUAAACAGUGGACAGAGUUCUUUGUUGGGCGAUCCUCCUAAAGAAGUCAGGCUGCCUUCUAAUCCUUACCUAAACCUGGCAAGUGUAAUGCCAGGAGUAGUUCUGCAAGGCUCAGUGGGGAGCAAAGCCCAGGGAGGACAACCCAGCUCUGCAGUUUACAACAGCUCAGUCGCUCCUGUGGUCUCCCAGGGCUCCAGCUCCUACUCCCACAGUGCAGCAGCUACGACCGCUGCCCCGUACAGCACAGAUUCCUCCACUGACUACAGCCAGUACAACCAAGCAUACACACAGGAGGCCAUGCAGCAGUGGUACCAGCACUAUCAGGCGGCACAAGCCCACAGCUACAGCACUGCCGCGCCACAGGACAGCACGGCCGCAGACUACAGCAAGGAGCACACUCAGACUCCAGCUGUGUCCACCUAUGGAGAUUACAGUUCCUACAUGCAGGCAGUCACUCAAUACUACUCCCAGCCAGCAACAGCCAAUCAGAGCUACGCCAGCAAGGAGGUGGAGGUGUGUAAGCCUCUGGGAGUGUCUCUGCACGCGGUCAGUAAUGGCGCGGCUCCUCCCCCGGCCGUCCUACCUGCCGCCGCCGUGCUCCCAGCUUACAGCACGCUGCCCUUAAUGCCCGGCUUCCUCGGGGCACCGCACCCAUCUGCAGCCGCACCGAACCCUGUCACACACGCACACACCGCUGCUGCGGACUGGAACACCUAUUACUAUAACCAGACGAGAGGCCAUAAGAGGGAGUAUCCUCAGCUGGCAGUGCAGGAAGUUACGGCAUCCGAUGCGGCCUACAUCGGGCAGCACUCGCAAGGCCUGGGGGGGCAGUACGCUGACUACUUUAAGAGGAAGAGGCUCUAGUUUGAACCGAACCACCUUGAAGCCUAAAAGCUUAGGGGAGGGAGGCGCAAACAGCUGGAUGUCUGCUGGAUGUCACAGCUCCCUCUAGUGGCCUUUCUGUGGCUGCCAUUUUGCAGUCCUACAAAAGUCAGUGUUGAGUUUGAAAGAUUUAGGUUUGCAGAUGGCUCGAGUGAAAUGAAGCCAUAGUGCUCUUUGAUCUUGGCACGUAUGUACACACACGCACACACACACACAUAUAUAUACACACAGUGUUAUUUUUGUCCUGUUCAAGCCUUAACUCUUUAACUUAAGCUGUUGUUUCACAGUCAGUGUGUUAACUGUACUUAACUACUAUUGUCUUGUACAAUUUUUCUAAUAUAUCAUGUAAAUUGAAGUAUAUUGCAUCUGUAUGUACAAGCAGCUUUUGUAUUUGCAAGCAGGGCGGCCCGCCGUCUGCCUCUGAAACUGUCUUAGGACUGGCCAUGCAGCCAGCUACGCCCCCCCCCCCCCCCCCCCCCCCAUCCCAGUCUCCCUUUUUUUUUUCAAAAGACUGAACGUGUCUGAUGUCGCACACUCGCCCUUUGAUUUGUCAGCCAGUCUGACAUCUUUUUGUUCUCGCUUCCCUCUUUUUUCUCUCUUUUCUUUUUAUUAGACCAGGUUACUCUUUAAAUACCCCCCCGAGCUUAGAGUACGCGUGUGUGCGUAUUUAUGCGCGUGUGUGUGUGCCGCUCUGCUGUAUCUGUAGGAAAUGUCAGCCAUUUCAAUCCCAAGGUUUGGGAGCACAUCAGGAAAAAAAAAGGGCCUAAACCAAUCAAAGCCCUUAAUUUAAAGCUUCCCUCAAUGAAUGGACUUUUCUUACAAUGACUGGAUGGAUAAUAAAAGGCUGGUGUAAAUAGUGCAGUGUAAUACAGAAUAUAUAAAGCCAUGUGUAACAGACAAUAUCACAUACAAUGGAUGUUUCUGAGCUCCUCUGCGAGCCUGUUGUACAACAUGAAUGAAGGUAAAACCUUUUAGUGUCUGAUUUGUUUUGUUUAUACCUAUACUGUUAUAUAUUUGUAAUAUAAUAAUAUUACGAGGCAAUUCAAGUAAUUUACUAAUCAAAGCAGGUUUCGAGUGUGUUUGCUUUUGCGAAUAAAGUUGUACUCAAAUCGCUGUUAAAAAACAUGUGCUGUUGCUUCUCUCGUGAGUAGCAAAUCUUAGCUGGAUGAAAUGAUCAACUGAUGGCUGGCAGUGGUGAAACAGCUUCAGGAUCACCUUUAAAAAACAAUAUAAGUGGUUUGUUUUUAGCCAAAAACAAAAGCAUUUAGUCAUUACUGAGAGAUUUAACUGGCAGUGACAUUUGAAAGUCAUUUUGGAUACAUUUGCAUGGUGUGCAUAUUGCAUAAGUCGCUGUUAUAAUAAAACAGUAAGAUUGUAUGCUGUAUAAGAUGGUCUGUACGGUUUUCAGCUCUUUUCUUUUUCUUUUUUUUGCACACGAGAUGCUACUAACAUGCUGCUUUGCAUGUGAGUUUCUGCACUUUAAUUUCAUGCUUGUGGGGAGGGUCUUUUUUAUGUGUGUGUUUUGGGGUAAAUUAUCAAAGUGGACCUAUUCUGCUCAUUACCACCAUUGACAAUCUUGGACUCUGCUAGCUAGAGUAGCUUUGCAUGAUUUACAGGCUUACACUGGGCUUCAUCCCCUGACUCAAACAAGACCACGCCCCCUCUUUAGAUCGACUUUAUUCUGAUUGGUCCUCAAAAACAAAAUACCUCAUUAUUUGAAAAUGUGUUCAUAUUUCAUAUGAGCACACACUAUUGUCACAGUAUAGAUGCUGUAUGUGAUGAAGGAAAUCAUAAUAGGUCCACUUUAAUGUGCAUUUUUCUGCCGGUGAGAUAUUUGUGGCACAGGCAGUAUCCAGGCAAUUUGUGCAGUGUUCAUUACAGAGGAGAGGUUUUACUUUUUAUUCAUAAUUUUAGAAUUCAUUGGAUUUUAGGUUUGUGCAUGCGGCCCUCUGUGUCUAACAAACUGGCAAUAACUAAGGUUCCCACUUCUCCUGCUGGAAGGUUGAAUGUAGAGCUUGUGCAGAAGUUUGCAGUGUAAACAAUUUUGCCGUUCACGCAGCGCAAAGUGAAACUUUUCUCCUCUUUCCUGUCUGUCUUCACGUUCUGCUCAAAAUCAAUUUUUUUUAAUAUUCCUGUGCAGAAAAAUACAUAUGUUGUUAUUGCAGCCACACCGAAAAGCACACGCUCCCAACUAGUGUGAACACCAGUGACUGGUGAUAUAUAAUGUUCGCACACUGGUUUAGUCCAAGUAAUCUGGUGUGAGUUUGCUGCCGCCUGUGUGACGGGUGUGCCGAAUGUCAGGAUUGUUCUUAAAAUGGGGGGAAAAAAACAACGGUAAAUUAAGGGCGAUAAACACGCAAGCCCACCUUCCUGUUUUCCGUUCCGUCUUUGUCUGCUUUCUGUGGUUUGCAAUAAAUGGACUCUCACGUGCUCCGUGAUGUCGCAGGUCUUCAGAUUACAGUGAAGCCAGUGAAAACUGUCGCACAACUUUCCCAUCUCACAGCUCCACCCCAUUUUAUCGGACCGCCUCUUUUCUUAUCAUUAUUAUUAUUUUAUUAGCCAUUUAAAGGCUAUGAAACUUUAAGAUGGGCCAAAACAUUCCCCUAAACCUCUCCUUUGAAGUUCAUUUUGAGAACAUGGGUGCAACCCUGAUUACAGCAGCAGCUUUAUAUACCUGCACAAACUGAAACGUCACCAGGCAGAAAUCUUGUAACUAAAGCUGGGACUCAAAACACCUCUCAUGGAGCCUAAUCAUCAUCCAAAUGAUUAAAGUGCCCUUAUUCUGCUCAUACCUCCACGUUGUUGAUCUUGGACUCUAGAGUAGCUUUGCAUGAUUCUCAGCUUACACUAGGCUUCAUCCACGGACUUAAAAACUCCACCCUCCCUUCUGAUUGGCUGGUUCUGGGAAACAAAAAGUGUACACGUGGAGAGCUGCGUGGCACAGAGGUGGAGGAGUAGAGCAGUUGAAACCAUGUGAGCAUUCUCACACCAUCUGUCCCAGUACCUCCCCGUUACAUACCUGUACUUUUAAAAGCACAGCAGCAAUAUGAAUUUGCACAUUAGAUAAAUUCAUUAUCUGCUGAGCUGUUCUCGUAGGCGGCUCGUUUGUUAGAAAUUAAGGAGAGUGAACCUCAUUUGGCCAUGAAGUCUGUGUCAGCAGUCAAAUCAGCUUUCACGUGACCCUUUCAAGCACUUCUUUUAAUAGAUUACUUUCCCCCCUGCUGUACUGUGCUUUGCUCGGGUCUCCUGUGAAUCAGCUCAAAGUGCUUCAGUAGAUUUUAUGGCGAUGUGGUCGUCUGGACUAGUUGGCUGUGCGGCCUGUCUCGGGGCCACAGUUUGAUUUGCUUCCCAGCACCGAGUGCUAUAAAAUAAAAUAAAAUAAAGGCAGCCAGCUGGACUCCAGCUCUGCUCUUCUUCUUUUUUUGUCAGGUGACAGCUCUCACCUUCACCUCUUUUAAGUUAGAAGCGCCCGUCUAUGUCAGCCUCUCUGUGUGCGUUAUGAGCAGGGCCUUUUGUAGAUGAACAGCUGAGGCAGCAGACUUUGAAAUGCACUGUUUGCUUUUCUGCUCUCCUGUCUGUCUGUCUGUCCAGUCUGGAUCCUCUUACUAAAGUCAGUGAUGCCUGAAUCAUUUUAGUGGUUUUUCAUCAGUUGUGUCAUCUUUUUUAUCUGCGUAGUGUCGUUACUAUGUACAAUAUUGCAGAACGUCUGAAAACUGUGGACUAAAUCCAUUCAAUUUCAUAAAGAUUGGAUCUUUUAGACCUCAUUUUCUAUCACAGAAGUACCUUUGCUCUUUUUUAAACAUGUUUAUUUAUUUAUAAAAGACUUCCCAGAAAAUGUAUUCAAAUUCAGGAGGGAAUUGUCUGAAUAGUUCUCAGCCCCCAAUAAUCUAAGUGAGGAAAUGAGAUUCAGUGCAGUACCAUUGUUUGAAUGACUGGUUAAUUAAGACUUGGCAGUAAUUCUAUUCUUCUUCUCAUAUUUCAGGGUUAGCCAUGUUAGCCGGUGUAACAUUAAACAGGUGGCAUUGUUGAUCUAACACACCCCGCUAUCCUUCUCUGCCCAGUUCACACAGACCUUGUCCUUCCACUAUUCAAGCUGUUAUUCGUCAGCAACUGGGGAUAAACAGAGCAAACGUGUUCUGUAAGAAGUGUUUUUAGUUAUUGAUUACAUUUGCAUCUAAUAGAAGUGUGCAGAGGCCCCUUUAGACUAAGCACAUAAGUGUGAGUAAGCACAACAAUGAAGUUAAAGAUGCAAAAACACAAAGGUUACAAGAGAAAUUGUUACAGUCCCAGGAUCUUUAAAGGGCACUAAUAAGGAGCAGUGCUACAAGGCCCAUCAGGCUCAUAAACUGUAAAUAAAAGAUAGGCCUGUGAAAAGUCGACCUGCAUUUUUUAAAAAAUCUUCAUGGCCAGCAGGGGGCGACUCCUCUGGUUUAAGAAAACGAUCCUACUUUUUGCUCUUGAGGUCUCACUGUCUUGUUUCAGGUCGUCUUCAGUGUAUUUUAGUAAAGUGUGAUUCUAUUUGUAGUGACAGGAAAAAACAGGAUAUCAUUUCAGUACUGACUUUGUAAUUGACUUGCUGCCGUGUGGUUUCUAAUUUAAACCAUUGCAGCUUCACUAAACUGAAAGCUAUCCCACAAAACAGCAUCCAUUUUUGUUUGCUUGAUAUACAGUGUACAGUUGUUCCUCUUCCCUGUCUUCACCUGUCUGCGCAGGUCAAAGAGUCCAUCCUGUGUGCUGGUGUCUGUUUUUGUAGCGCUUCACCUGUUUGUUUGGGAUGUCUAGAUUUAGGCUUUUUCCCUUUUUUCCUCUCACUCUGUUUUGUCCUUUGGGGCUGCUACAGAAACAGCUACACCAUCCUCACUUCAAGCCCAGUGUUAUUUUUAUUUUUCUAGCUCUUCCUUCGCUUCUGCUUUGUUCGUGAACAUCGCACAUCUACCAAUAGCAGAUAUGCAUCGUUAAACUGUUUGCCACAGCUUCCAAACUUCCAUUUGUCAUCCCUUCAGUAAAUACCUCCCUCGUUUCGAAGCUUUCUUAACGUUCCUGAAUUCGCACAUUAUGAGUUGAGCCGGCGGGGUGAAUUUAGCUGGCGCUGUGUACGCGCUUAUGGGGCUGAAGCUCUCUAAAAAUGGGCUUCUGGCAGCUAAUGGGAGUAAGGAGAGACGGGCUGAAAGAAAGAGAGCGAUGGAUAAACAACUCCAGCUGCCUUCAGCUACUCAGCCUGCAGGAAUAUCUUUUUCUUUUUUUUAAAUUCUGUCUCCUUGCUCAGUGAAGUGUUUCUGUCUGCCAGACUCCUGCAUGUUGCAUGUACCUGUAGAGCUGUCACACACACACAUACUCAUACUCCAGAAGAUGUCUCCUCUCAUUUGGUAGAGUAUGAGUAUUAGAUGGACUCUCGAACACCAUUUCGCUCUGGCACAGUUCUUCUGUUUAGAGCUGAAUCUCGAUGAAGACAUAAUAAGACAGUCAUAUAAUUAGGAGUGUUAUUUUAUCGCCUGUAGAGUGAAUCAUCCAGCCUCCUCAACAAACCCAGAAAAACAUUUGUGUGCUCUGACAAAGGUUCGACAGCAGCCUUAACUGUGGACUCAGAGACGUAACUUGGACAUGACUGAAUACUCAGAACAUUUUCAAAUGCAACUCUAUGCCAGACAAUCCAACUAAAUUUGCACCAGGUACAUUUUAAAGGAUAAAACUGUGUGUUUCUAUUAUUGUCAUCCGAUCCAUUGCAAUCCCAUUAGCUUCAAAGAAUGAUUUUAAAAGAUCCUUGCAAUCCUGGACCUGUUUGAGAAGGCAUGUGUUGGGACUGUUUGGCCUAAAUUGUCACACAAAGAAAGCAGAACUGAAUGUGCAGUCGGAUAAAAACGAGGGGCCUUCAGCCUUCAAACAGAAAGUAGAAACCGUGACACGUCUGACUGGCAGUUUCACACAGUGAAUGCAUAGAGGCUGUGUAAACACGUACACCAGGGGGUGCUGUGGUGCUGGCUCUGUUCAAUUAACUUUUAUUUAUACAAAUAGUGCUUUAUAUUAAGGUAAAGACCCUACAACAAUCACAUGACCCCAUAUAAGCAAGAGCUUUGGCAACAGUGGGAAGGAAAAACUCCCCAUUAACAGGAAGACUGUGAGGAAAACAGGACAAAAGGCACAUUGUUAAUACUUAAUGAUUUGUGCUAACAGUAGGAUUUUUGGGGAGAAUUCCAGGCUUUUGGUUUCACUGUGAACCAAACCUUUGCAUUCUGGAGAGUUUUUAAUUUGUGCAUUCAAAUGCUUGGUGCAGUGUAGUAACUCAACAUUCUCCCAUCACAACCUACAGGUCAAGAUUCACUGGUGUCACUUCUCUUUUCUCUAUGUUGUUAAAAAAAAGAACCUGUGUUGCAAUAUAAUCUUCCUCCCAACAUUCACAGUACAAAUAGUAUUUUUAAGGCUUUCACUAAUGUUGAGUUCCAGUUCCUUUUUUUUGUUAUUUUGUUAUAUGGGUUAGAUUGAUAAGAUAAAGGGCAGUUUCUUUAUUUUCUGUGCCUCUCUGUACCACCAGCUACAUGUGACGGCCUCCUGACGAUUGUACAUGUGAACUAAAGGAUGCUCUCCAGUCUUGUGUUGCGUGGUUGAUUUUUAGACUUUAGAGCUCUGGAUAAACUAUGUGCAAAUGCAACUUUAACAAAAAAAGGAGUUGUUAAUAGACUGGAGCUACAUAAAUGACAUGAAAAAACAGUCGGGCUGAUUGUCUGAGAGCUCCGUUUCCAUUAGAAUAGAAAAUGUUGUGUCUUGUGCAGUUUAGCUGAAUUGUGAUUUAUUUGUUUGUAGAAUUUGCACAAACACAGCCAAAUCCACAAUUUUCUUUCUUCUUUCUGUUCUUGUGUAAACCGAGCUCCCUCUCAGCAUCGGUGCGAUGCCUCUGUACUCAAUAUGUAUCCUGCGUAUUACACAAGACCAGCGUUGAUGCUGGACUUUGCAAUAGUGAAUGACUGCGUGCGUGUGUUGAUCACAAAGCUUUGCAAUACUAAAGUAUUUCUGAGGGUUUUUUUCUAACACAUUUUAAUGGCUGUAGAUGAAUCUAGGAUUUGCUGUCGCUUAUCGCUUUGUAAACAGCUUCUGCUUUUUAAGUAUGUGGAGUUUAUUUUGUUUUGUUUUUUUCUGACCUGAAAUAUACAUUAGAUUUUGCAAAGAUUUUAUAUCACACUUACAUUGAUAUUGUUUUACUGUGAAUAAGGUCUUUCUAGAGCAAUCUUAGCAUGCCUACUUGCAAACUGUAAUGUACAGAACCAGCUGUUUUCAGAAGGUGAUGAUACUGAAUUUGGACUGACAGACAAAACACGACACAAACAUUGAUUUUAUUUAUUUUUUCAUGGUGUAUUUAUGGAUCAUUUUAAAUUCCAUAAGUCAUACUUACAUCUUUUUUUUUUUUGAAAAAUAUAUAUUUCUUUUCUCUUAUUUAGAGCAGAAGGAAUUGUCUUUUACAUUCCUAAAUAAAAUGUGGGCUGAAGCA